AAGCCCUGCACCAGGUGGGGAGCAGAAGGAACGCAGAGAAGACGCAGGAGAGGCACAUUUCAGAGAGAAUCCAGCAUGAAAUGGAUGUCCCACACAAGACAGAGAGAUGCAGGAUCCACGGAUUCUGUAUCUACAAUGUUGUCAAGACUUUUUCGAAUGCAUGGCCUCUUUGUGGCCUCCCAUCCCUGGGAAGUCAUAGUGGGGACAGUGACACUGACCAUCUGCAUGAUGUCCAUGAACAUGUUUACUGGUAACAGUAAGAUCUGUGGUUGGAAUUAUGAAUGUCCAAAGUUUGAAGAGGAUGUUUUGAGCAGUGACAUUAUAAUUCUGACAAUAACACGAUGCAUAGCAAUCCUGUAUAUUUACUUCCAGUUCCAGAAUUUACGUCAACUUGGAUCAAAAUAUAUUUUGGGUAUUGCUGGCCUCUUCACAAUUUUCUCAAGCUUUGUAUUCAGUACAGUUGUCAUUCACUUCUUAGACAAAGAAUUGACAGGCUUGAAUGAAGCUUUGCCUUUUUUUCUCCUUCUGAUUGACCUUUCCAGAGCAAGUGCAUUAGCAAAGUUUGCCCUCAGUUCCAACUCACAGGUAA